AUGGCUGAAUCCGUGGUCAGAGCUUCUUAUGGUAAAGCGACGUCUUUGAAUUUGAGCUCAAAGAAGCUAAAAGAGAUUCCUCAGUGUGUUCUGUCAUUAACAAACCUGUCGGUUCUCCUGCUGAACAACAACUGUAUCACUGUCCUGCCCUCACAGCUGCCAUCCCUACAACACAUGGCAGAGCUGAAUCUGGGAAAUAACGCCCUGAAGGAGAUUCCAGCAGUUUUGCGCUAUCUGGAGUCCUUGAAGAAACUUUAUCUGUUCAGCAAUCAGAUAACAGCAGUUUCACCAGAAGUGAUAGGUGGCUUACGGAACCUUGUUGUGCUCAAUCUGAACCACAACCAAAUACAGAGACUUCCUGCAGAGAUGAAAAGUUUGAGGAAGCUUCGACAUCUCAGUGUGCUGGACAAUUACCUGGAGGAGGUCCCUGCUGAGCUGGGCUAUCUCACCAAGCUGUCUGAGAUCAACCUGACUUCCAACAAGCUGUCUCAGUUGCCUCAGCAGCUGUACCAGUGUCGAGAGCUGACCAAGCUCCACGUGGCCAGAAACAAGCUGACCAGCCUCCCAGAGGGAAUUAGUGCUCUGGAAAAACUCCAGGUUCUCGAUGUGGCUGGGAACAAGUUGUCCAUGUUCCCUGUUGAGUUUCACCGGCUGCCCCUGAAGGAGCUGCACUGUGAAGGCAACAGGUUUGUGCACUGUGAGCCGAUGCCAUCAGUGCAGGAUGCAGAAGUUCUCGCAUUAAAGGAACUGGUUGCAAGAUUUGUGUUGUGGGAGAACAGGAACAGGUUCUCUGUCAUCCACAUGAUGCUUCCCCACUACCCACAUCUCACCGCUCUGUUGGCCAAUGGCAGCUGUUGUGCAGUUUGCCUCCGCCCCUUCCUCACCACCUGGCUGGAGUGCGUGCAUUUUGUCAGUCUGAGGAAGGACAUGAAAAUGAGGAGUUCACUGACUAUUCCCGUCCGUGCCGUUCUCUGCUCAUACAAGUGCUUUAAUACAGAAGGACACUCCUACUAUGGCGUUGCUACAACAUGAAUGCAAGUUCAUGAAAAAGUUCCACCUCUGCUCUCCUCCAUCAUCGGCUGUGAUUGACGGCACAUGAUCUCAAAACCCAAAUCUGGGGUCACGUGACGACCACUGGAGCAUGCCCAGUGCAGCAGAUCGGCGGGUGGGUGGGACACCAGGUAGCAGCAUCUGGUCUCCGCGUUUUCUGGAACACACAAGUGCCUGUGGCGCUGCAGGCUUGGCUGGUCGAACAUCUGUCUGCGAUCUGUGGGCCGGCUGGAUGAGCAGACCAGCAGCCCAACCAACCGGCCAAAUGAGCGUCCUGCACACAUGAAUGUCCUUCAGGAAUAUGUGGGUUAAUGUCUCUGUUAUCGCAAUCUGACUCCACUCAGUCCUGUCCAUUAUUUUUCGGGAGAGCGGAUGUCUUUGUAUUUGCUCUUUGUUCUCUAAAUAAAAUCUACAU